AUGAUAGCAGCUAAUAAUGCAAAUAAAUAAUAGAUAGACCUCCUGAAUGAAGCGGCCAAAAAAAUUAUUAAUAUUAUUAGAGGUUAUAAUUUUGAUAAAGCUAAAUAAAAUAUUUUGUUUUAGAUAUAGUAAGUAAUUGGCUCAUAUUAAGAAUUGUUAAGCAAUUAGAUAUAAGAAUCAAGAAAAAUUUGGAAUUUUUUCAAUAAAAAUGGCCUAGUUAACAAAACUAACAUAUUAAUUACAGAAGAAUUUAGUAAAAACAAAAUAAAGAAUAUUUUGGUUUCAUUUUAAGAUUCACUCAUUUCUUAUUCCAAACAAAUUCUUGAUAAAUUAAAUGAAUUCUAAGAAAUAAUAAAUUUUAUCAAUUUAGAUGAUAUACAUUAAUUAACCAAAGAUCUUUAAAACUAUUUAAAAAAUUGCUUUGUCAAUAAUUUAAAUGAAUUAGAUGAUUAAUAAAUAGUCUAAUAAAUUUGGUUUAUAAAUAGAAGUAUUAGCUUUGAACUUAAUAUUAAACAAAUAUUAAAUAAUAAAAAUUCUGAACAAAUUUAAAGAAAUAUUAAUCAAGCACUUGGCAAUAUAAAAACAUAAAUUGAUAAGCAAAUAAAUGAUAUUUCUCAAUAUGUGAUGAACUAUAAGUAAAAAGUGAAAAAAUAUUUUAAAUUAAAAUAAGAUUAUCUACAAUCAUAAAAUCAAAUCAUAUAAUAAAGCUAAAUGCAGAUAUAACAACCCUAUUAUUUUUAAAAUUAACUCUCCUAGUAAAUAGUCUUCCCAUAAACUAAUAAAGAAGAUAUACAAGUCAAAGAUGAAUUCAUAUAAUUAAACUAACUAUAAAUGAACAUCAUAUAAAAAAAUUAAGAUGAAUUUAGAUCAUUAGAAAGCUGUAUAUAAUCUAGGAGGUCGAGUAUAAGCAGCUGUAUGAAUAUAAAAUCUAAUGAUCAGUUUAGAUAAAAGAGUCAUUCAGUUGUUUGGAAUGAUAAUAUUUUUAAUUCUUCACAAAUAAUAAUUUGGAUAGACAAGAAUAUUAAAAGUGAUGAUAAUUAAAAAUACAUUUUUAAAUUAAGGUAAAAAUUUCCUUGGGUAGAAGUGAAAGGCUUUGAAAACUUUAAUGAAUUUUAGAAUUAUUUAAACGAUAAAUUCUAAUAAUAAUAUGAAAUGAAUAAUAAAAUUAACUAAAAUUUGAAAAUAAAAAGAUUUAAUACAGAAUUAAACUUAAAUUUACUUGAUGGUCAUAGUACUCAAGAAGAUUUAACAAAAUCUUUUAUAUCGUAGUGUACAGUUUAUUAAAAGUUAGAAUAGCAAACUGAAAAAGAAUUGAAUCUAUAAUUCAUAUUUAUUGCAUCAGGAAGUCUGAUAAAAGAAGAAUAUGAUAGAAUUUCAUGCUUUUUGAAGAGUAUUAUAAUUUACUGUAACUGUAUUAGUGAAUACCUUAAAUUAUUUGAAAAUAAAAAGAAUAUUUCUAUUAUUAGCAAAGAUUUUAAUUAAAUUAUUCUUAAAAUAGAAGAGACUUUGUAAUAAAAAAAAAAAGAAAGAAUUUAUAACUACGACAUAAAAAAAUUAAAGGAAUUUGAAGAAUUUGAUUUAAUUAGGUAUAUGUCUAAAGACUACUGUGCAUAAGAAAUAGUAAUAAAGACUAAAACAGAAUUUUAAAAUAUUUUAGAAAAUAUUUACAAAUGUUUAGGAAAAAAAAAUGAAAAAAUUGAUGCUCUUUCUGAAAAAUUUAGUGAGUUUUUCAUAAAUGUGGAUAAAAUUAUAGAAUUUUAUACAACUAAUUAAUUUUGCAACUUUAUUUAAGAACUAAUGUCAUAUCUAAAUGAAUAAAUUCUAUAGAGUGCAUCAUACUUAAUUACUACUCUUAGAUAUUCAAUAUAAGUUUACAAUGAUAGUUGUAAAGAAAUAUUUAACUAAGAAAACUUUACGCUUUAUCGAGGUAUAAACAUAGAUACUGAAAAAUUCUAAAAAGAUUUUCCAAAAGGAACUACAUUUGUAACUUUUAACUUCUCCUCUAGUAGUUUAAAGAGAGAUAUAGCUUUAUAAUUUGCAAUACUAGGAUAAAAAAAUCCAAUGAUUUUUGAGAUUACUUUUGAUAUUAAUAACGAAGAUUUUGAAAAGUGUAGACCAAAAAAAAUUAAACGUUCUAAAUACUAAGAAGGAGAAUUUAUAUUUAACUGCUUUUCAAUAUUCCACGUUAAAAAUUAUAGAAAGUAAGAUUAAGUUACUUAUGCUGAAUUAUCUUUUAUAAAUAAUGUGUUUGAAGACUGA